GAGUUGCUUUACAAGUUACUUCACAUGUAAUGUGUGAGUUUAUUACAUAUGUCAUUUGAAAGAAGACGUUAAAAAACUAUAUUCGAUAAAAUUUCACAUACGGCCAAAUCGCAGGACCAGAGUGACCUUUGAUCUGAAGGAUAUCCUGUCUCAGCAGGAAUGUACGUGUGAGCAUUUUGUAUCGACCAGAGAGAGGGCAAGGAAGGAAGGGAAAUAGAGUAGAAAAUUGAGAUUAAACCAGUUGAAUGCAAGGAAGAUGGAAGUUUCAAGUGCAGAAGCAGCACUAAGUGUAAGUGCAAGCAGCAUCAGAAUCACUGAUGUGACUCAGGAUGGAGAUGUUUUGACAUUUGCUAUCGCGUCCCAGAAAUUGAACAGUAGUGCUGGGGUGUGUGUUUUUCGAAUAUAUGAGGACUUUGACUGGCUUCAACAGAGUCUAUUCUCACAAGAAAAUCUUCCCGGACUUCAGGGAAUUAUAUUUCCACCUUUGCCCUCCAAAGCACUUCCAUCACAAUCAAACACCCAAACCAAAGCACUCAAACAACUUGGGUUCCUGGCUCUAGGACAGGAUUGGCAGAGUUAUUGUAAGGCUCUGGAGUUUUAUCUCCAGCAGGUGGCAGCACACCCAACUCUCUGCAAGUGCAAAGCACUGGACAGCUUUCUUAUUAACUCUGAGUCUCCUGGAAAACAGCGAGGCAGGAAAGGAAUCUUUAAUCGCCUCAGCCAGGCUGUGGAGGAGAUGAGGAAGGAAAGCCAUAAGGACGUGGACAACUUCUUUCAGAAUGAGAGAAACAAAAACACUAAUCUUGCCGCUUUGUCAAAGGUUGCCACAGAGAAAUUACUCGAUGUUGUGAUGACAGAGCAAAAGCUUGCUUUGGCCUGUGGACAUUUCGCCACAUCUCUUCAUCUUUGUGUGAAUCAGGAUGAUGCAGCUGCUGUAGCUUUCUCCAAGGUUUGUUUGAAGCUAUCAGAUGUUAUUGAGGCAGUAAAUCGAAACUUUGAGAAAGUUGCCAGUAACGAUCUGUCCACUCUUGGUUUGGGUCUGGACCUGGAGUCUCGCUACCAGGAGGCAGAGAAAGUAUGGGAAUGUGUCUUAAUGAUAGCCUGUAAACUGAUAGAACUGGAAACAGUUAAGAAGGGUACAGAAAAAGCCAAGGCCAGUAAGAGAGAAGUGAUGGAAGCAUUUCAAAAAGCGGUUGAGAAAGAGUUCAACCUCAUCUCAUCUGUGGCUAAACAAGAGAUUGAGCGUUUCCAUAGCUCCCGUGUGAAUGUGCUGAAGAACUUCCUGAUUGGCUGGUGUGAACUACAGCUCAACACAGCGAAGGAGUUUGCUGAACUCUACUCUCAGCAUCUGGAAGCUUGCAGAAACAUGUACUCAGAAUGAAUGAAACAAACACAUUAUAACAAUAUAGCUGGUAAUGUAAUCAAACUUUUCCAAGACAGCUAAAUAAUCAGAACCUUAUCGCAAAAUGAUAAAAGUGCUCUGUAAUUUCUGUUUAUUCUGAAAUCUUUUUAAUUACUAGUCCCCUUUCAUGUGAUUGUACUUAAUCUUUUUCAGCCUAAUUUGAACACCAGUGUAACUUCCAGUUCCACAAUCCUAGGUUAGGCUACAGAUUUAGUAGUGAACUUUGUUCUGUGUAAGCUUGCAAUAAAGCUAUAAAACCCA